UUAGCAAGUCAAAUUAUAUUUUUUUAAAUUAAUUUUACCAUAAAACGAGAAAUAAAACACAUUCCAGUGUCGAAUCUGCGAAUGAGCGUCACCAAGAUCCUGUUGUUUUGGUUUUGACAAAUGCUGCAGCUCUUCAAAGCAUGGCGAUCCCAAUAGCGAUCUUGGACUGUGAUCUACUCUUACACGGUCGAGGUCACAAGACUCUGGACCGCUUCGACCUGGACUCUGUCUCGGACAGCUUCCUCCUCUCACAAUUCGGCUUCCCCAGAGAGUUUAUUCUGUAUCUGGUGGAACUACUCAGAGAGGCUCUCUGCAGACGUACCCAGCGGUCCAGAGCCAUCAGUCCUGAGGUCCAGGUGUUGGCUGCUUUGGGCUUCUACACAUCUGGCUCUUUCCAGACAUCUAUGGGAGACACUAUAGGGAUCAGUCAGGCGUCGAUGUCAAGAUGUGUGUCUAACGUGACCAGAGCCCUGGUGGAGAAAGCGCCCGAGUUUAUCACGUUCAACAGAGAUCAAUCCAGCACAGGGCAGUCCUUCCAGGAGUUUCAGAGGGUGGCUGGAUUCCCAGGAGUCCUUGGGGUGGUGGAUUGUGUUCAGGUCAAUAUCAAAGCUCCGAACAGUGAAGAUUCGUUGUACGUGAACAAGAAGGGGUUUCACUCUGUGGCCUGUCAGCUGGUUUGUGAUGCCAGAGGAUUGUUGCUCAGCGCAGAGACGCACUGGCCAGGAGGACUCAAAGACACAGAGGUCCUGGCAAAAUCUGCUCUUCACAAACAGAUGCAGGACACAGCAGAGGGCUGGCUGCUGGGUGACCGCCGGUACCCUCUAAAGAAGUGGUUGAUGACCCCGAUAGACUGCCCAGAGUCCCAGCCGGAGUUUCGGUAUAAUAUGUCCCACACUGCUACACAUGAGAUAGUGGACAGAACCUUCAGAGCCAUCCAGACCAGAUUCAGAUGUUUGGACGGCACCAAAGGAUACCUACAGUAUUCUCCAGAGAGGAGUUCUUCCAUCGUGCUAGCCUGCUGUGUUCUCCACAACGCCUCGCUGCAGUCUGGCUUAGACGCCUGGACCCUGGAGAGAACAGACCCUCUGGAGCAGCCGGAGAGCCUGGAACAGAGACCGGAGGACCGCGACAGCCAGGCAGAGGAACUCCGCAAACAGCUCAUAGUCAACCACUUCAGCUAAACUGCUGGGCGAUCUCAAAAUCAAGUAAAAAGACUGGGACCAAAGCAAACCAGUUAAACAAAUGACAUUCACAGUAAAACAAGAAAGUCCACAGACACAGAGUUGCUGAUGCAGGUUUUUUAUAUUUUGCUGGUUUCUACUCUACUGACUACACUAAGAUAACAUAGUUGUAUAUGGAGGAACAUGCAAGACGCUAUACAACAAACCAAGACAACAUUAUACCCAAACACAUUUCAAAUAACAGGAAAGUGCCUGAUUAUUCCCUCUCAAUCAUAUUCAUGAAGAGGUUGGAAUAAUCAGGCACUCCCUGCUGUUGUACAACUAUUUAAACUGUGUGCAGCUGCUGUGUUACCAAGGAUUUUUUUUUACAAGUGGUCUCCCUCCCUUUAUUUUUUUAACCCCUCCCCAAUUUACAUUAUCUCCCAACGAUCCAAUGAUUUUCUCUCGUUAUUUCUCUCCACAGGUUAAAAUCUUGGACUAUGUCACAAUACAAAAACAAGGCCCUUAUUUACAACAACAACUGCACAUUAGGGUGUCAUUAGUUAUGUACACUGGUGCAAUAAGACUGUUACGGGUGAGAAUGACAGGAUGUUUGUGCAACGGGCUGCAGUCACAUGAUGUUUUUGUGUACGCACACAAAAUGAAACAGACAGAGAUGAAUAAGAAAAACAAAAAAAAACUUGUUAAUUGUGAUUUCAUGAGUCAGAAUUGUGAUUAUUUCUUUCAGGAUUUUGACUGGGACAGCGAAUCGUUAUAGCUUUUAAUUUGAAGGAAUUUUAUGACAUUUACUUGUUUAAUUUAUUGUUGUUUUUUCUCACAUUGUUGGAAUAGUGGUGAAGAAAUAAAGACCUUUUUUUUCUUA